CAAAGGUAUGCUGGUAGGUGAACCUAGCGCUUUCUAUUUCAAAUUUCUCGAGUCAGUCAUUCGGAACAAAGCGCUGUGGUCGGUUAUGAUUGUCGUUCCGUUGUGCUCGAAUCCAGUAAAUGUUUUAUAACUGUUCUUCCCCCUUUUUAUGAAUAGUUUUCCGUGAAUCGGCCGGGUCGGGAAUCAUAGAUAGGAUGUCCGGAAGGGCUUUGCCUCGUCGCUGCUCCUAUCUUAUCGAAAUGUUUACUUUUCCCAUUCCCUGAUCAGAAAAUCUGUCCAGAGUGUUGAGUUUUCCCCUUUUGACUCUCGUGUCAGGUCAGCAGCAGCGAUGGUCGUCCUCACGGAAGAGAUGCUCAUCGCCAGGACGAAGCAGUCCAAUUUAAAAGCGAUCACGAAGCUCAACUGCUGGGGCAGCCAAUUGUCAGACGUGAGCAUCCUGAGGAGGAUGACCAACGUCGUCGUCCUGUCCUUAAGCGUAAAUUCGAUCACGUCCCUCGUGGAUUUUCAGUUUUGCAAAAAGCUGCAGGACCUUUUUAUACGUAAAAACAACAUCCAGGAUUUGAACGAAGUCGUCUAUUUGAAGGACCUCGAACAUCUGAAACACCUCUGGCUCGGUGAAAAUCCCUGUGCAAAUGUCGACGGAUACCGACUAGCAGUAAUAAGGGCAUUGCCAAAGCUUCAGAAGUUGGAUGAUGAUCCGAUUGAUUCUGCCGAAGUCCAGAAAGCACUGAAAUAUGGCCGGGUGCUCAUUCAUCCCGAACAAAUUGGGGAAUACUAUUCCGACCCCGAUGAAGAGUACGAACCAGAGUACACUCAAGAACCACAGGACAAUUCUCCUUCUCCCGAUGAGAGCCCUGUCGAACCGACUACGAGAAAUAGUUAUAGCCCAGAACCAAUCGUCCAAUAUCAAAGGGAAAGGGAACAUGUUCCAAAUAAUACAACCAAUGAGACUGAGCAACAUUACAAUGAUGUAAAUCAACAUGGUGAUUGUGUUUCUGAUGCAGAUAUGUAUAGAGUUAAGUAUGAUGAAAAAAUGCCUGAUGUUCCCCAACGCCCACCCCAGAUUGGUGUAAUUCACAGAAGUCGAACUCUUCCUCAAGAACGCUGCUAUUCUCCGGACCUUGUAAGCAGUAACAACAGCUAUGUUGUUGAUCCAGGGUAUAGAACGUCUACUCCUGUAUAUGCAAAUAGUAAUACAAGAAAUGUUCAACCGAAUGUCCAGUCUGAAGCAGAAUUUUCAUACAAUAAUGACUGGAAGAGAAGGAGUUGCCAAUCUACCUGUUGUAUCCAAGGGACCCAAAAGAGGCCAAAUGAACGACGGACGAAUGUACUCAAUGCUGUUUUGUGCCUUGUGAAGGAGCUGGACUAUCCCAAUUUGGAAGUCGUUCAAAUGGCGGUGAAAUGCAGGAUGGAAGAACUUGCAGAAAUGUGAUUACUAUUUUUUAAUUAGUCAGAACUAAUGAAUAACGUCCAUACUGCUCGACAAAAUAUUUCUAACUAAAUUGGCAUAGACUUAGAGACACAGAUUGUGAUAGUAAAGAAAUUUUUGUUCGUACAAUUA